AGAUUGUGUACAUUCGGGCGUGGAUACCUUUCUGUGUUUGGGCCUCAUCUUAAAGCGAUCAGAGUUAAAGUCCCAGAACGCCAGUUAGUGUUAAGGCAGUGGUCAAAUGCUUUCCUUUCUUUAGAGCUGAUGUUAUCCACCCACGCUUAGGGGCCUCUAUUACUGGCGGCCUCCUGGAAACGCUGGAAGACAGAAGAAGACUGGGUGUUAAUUGGAGUCUGCCGACUGAUAAGUGUUGCCGAGUGAAAGCUAAGAGACCCACAGCACCCAAAGGACGCAGGCUACGGAUUCACUGAGGCUCCAGACUAUGAAGGUGCUGAUCUGUGACCUUUGGUAUUAUGCCCAGUCUAAUCUACCAGAUGACAUUGAAGGCACUGGGAUUUAGGUAGACCGGAGCAUUUCCAUGCAACCACAUUCUGUGCGGCAUCAUUUUCCUCCUGUUAAAUUGCAUGUUUGACUUCAUAAUGGGAACUAGUCGCAGGAUUAACUUUCUACAUCCGGCAGUUCUUGUCCCAGGCAGAAAAGGACCUUCCGGCUGCCAUGGUAGCAGAACUAAUCUGCCCAGAGACUCAGAAAAAUGAAGUUUCCCUGCCUAUCCUUCCGGCAGCCCUACGCUGGUUUAAUCUUAAAUGGAGUCAAGACUCUUGAGACACGUUGGCGUCCCCUGUUGAGCAGCCUUCAGAAAUGUACCAUUGCCAUCCACAUUGCUCACAAGGACUGGGAAGAUGACACAUGGCAGGAAGUGCUGAUGGAGAGGUUGGGAAUGACCCCGACACAGAUUCAGACCUUACUACAGGCAGGAGAAAAAUACGGCCGAGGGGUGAUAGCUGGACUUGUUGACAUUGGAGAGACUUUGCAGUGUCCAGAAACAGUAGCUGCUGCUGAGGCUGUGGAACUGGAAACUCGGGCUGUGCUAACCAACCUGCAGCUGAAGUACCUGACUCAAAUUUCAAACCCCAGGUGGUUACUGGAGCCCAUACCUAGGAAAGGGGGGAAGGAUAUAUUCCAGGUCGACAUCCCAGAGCACCUGAUCCCACUGGAGGAAAGAAUGGAGCAGUGAAUACUCUGGAAAGCAACUGAAUAAAGACUCCACAAAUAGACCAUCAUAGUGUGCACCUUCCAAUCUCAAUCAGGGUAACUGAAAUCCACCCCUACAGAGCACAGCUCACUAGGUGCUGUUCCCAGACUGUUCUGCCCUCAUGGAGGGGAUGCCAGUGAGGAUUUCCCUCAUGCUGUGACUCUGCCAGCAAAGCUACAGAACCUUGAGAACUUUGGCCAUUUGGGAAAAGGAAACCUCCUAGGAAAUGGUAUUUUGCUGAAGUUCACUUUAGUCCUGCUGUUUUCUGGAUUGCACAAAUAAAUUUGUUGAUGGUUAAGCA